GGGCAGAGCUUCCUCCGAUUAGUUCCCGCUCAACGCUCAACGUGUUCGGUUCGGUUCGCAGUCUUAACCAGUCACCGCCUUUUUUUGUUUGUUUCUUCCUUGGACAAUCGGUUCAUCGAUAUACGCGAAAAUUCAAAACAAAGUGGCGCUGGUGAAGCCGCGCAGUGCAUCAUUGCUCUUUGAUUGCAACCGGUGCGUUUUUAUUCACAUUGAAUGGAAAAUUUCUUCUAGCGGCAAUUCUACGCAGCCUACCCGGCUUAGUGUGGAGUGUGAAAUAUUUAAUAGUCGAGGUUCAAGUGCACAGCAGAUUACCAACCGCAAAGCGCUUUUUAGAGGCGAUUUUGGGCAGCCCCGUUCGCCGGUGACGAUCGAUCGUAAGGAACCACUCCGAGUGAUAAAUAUUGAAUCCGACGCGGGAAAACCUCGUGUGUUAUGUGAGCUUCGCAAUUUUUCAGAAGGAAAGCAAUCAAUCAAAUCGAGUGCAUUUACGAGAGUUUGCAGUGGUGGUGCGUCAAAUUGAGCAAGUACCCCUCCGAGGACGUGCGUAAGGUGUUCGAAAAGUGAUUUUUAAAUAAAGACACGCACGUGAAUAACGGCGCUUUAUGAGGUGUGCAGGCCAAUUCAAGCUAAAGCCAUUUAACGUUGAUUGACGGAAAACAUCGAAACCGGUGGCAUCUGAAGAGCUUACCAAUAGGAUAUUGUUCGCACGGUAGCAGUUUUUUUUUUCUUAACUUGAAAGUCCAGCCAGCAUUCCCCACGUUACCCCCGCCAGUUCGGCGCGAGUUUAGUGCUGUUCACUGAAUCGUAUGUUUUCGUUGUCAUCGUUUGCUGGCAGUGGUCCUAAUUCGGUAGAGAAAACAAAAAUAAUAAUUAAGCAAUUUGGCGGAGCACUAUUUGUCCGGUGACAAGUUUGUGAACACGCGAAAGUGUGUGCCCCCUUGCCGCGGAAGUGAGAAAAACAAACAGAAAAUAGCAACAACAACAAAAAUGAAGAAUAAAUUUACGAGUGCAUGCAAAGAUGAGCUGGGUUUGCGGAACUGCGGAAUGGGGCACAUGCCGGCCGAAGAGUUUGUCAAAUCACAGUGGCAAUCGCGUACAAAGUCAACCUUCUUCCUGCUCUACCGGCUCUCGUUGGCGGUGUUCUUCACGGCUGUGGUCAUCAACUCCAUCGUCGUCAGCGUUAGCACCGAAGAUUGGGCCAAAUAUUUCAUCUACCUUACGCACUGGGGCAUCAUGAUGUGCAUGGGAACGACCGUCUUGGGAGCCAUUCUAGUCACCCGCUGGUACUUCCACCCGGAGUUCUCAGAUAAAAUUUGCAACAGCGAGGAAAUGCCACGUGCCUUCAAGAUCUACUGGAUGAUGCAUAAUAUUACGUUGAUCGUGUCGAUUUGCAUCACUAUCAUCUACUGGGGAAUACUGCACAACGAUGAAAUGCCCGUCGAUGCCAACAACAUCCUCAUCCACGCCGCCAACUGCAUGUUCAUGUUGAUCGAUCUCAUCAUCGUGGCCUAUCCGGUGCGAAUUUGGCACGUGGUGCAACCGAUCUGCUUCGGGCUGCUCUACUGCAUCUUCUCGGUGAUCUACUACCUGUGCGACGGUACCGACAAAAAAGGCCGUCCAUACAUCUACAACGUGCUGGAUUGGCGCACACCGAACAAGGCUAUGGUGACCGUUGUGGGGACGAUUGUGCUGGCCAUCAUCAUCCACGUGCUGAUGUUCUUCCUGUACAAAUUCCGAAGUUUCCUGUACUCGCGUUGGUUCAACCCGAAGACGAUUCUACCGACCAACUCCACCAUCAACCUGCAGCAGGGCAAAUCCUGUGACGGCAUCUCCAUGGUUUAUGGCAACGAUAAUCGCGGCUUCACUAUCACUGAGAAAUAUUAGAAAUAUUGCGCUAAUGCUGGCAGUAGUUGGCGGGGAUUCAGGGGAAUUAGUGCACAAACAAAUAUAAAUAUAAUUUUAAUGUGUGACGCGAGUGAAUGCGAGAGUAUAAGUGAGUUGAAUUAAAUUCAAAAACGAGUAAAGGUAAAAGUGCAUCUGUGAUUAGCAGUAUGAGAAACGAAGAACAAAAACUAAUAUAAGGAGUAUUAUGGUGAAGCAACAAAUUAUUAUGUAGUAACACCGAUGACAAGUAUUGAAAACAAUAAAAAUAUGCAGAAAAA